AUGCACUUGGACAUGACAUUGGCGCAUGCUAUUAGACAUAAGUAUGCUCUUAGGCAUAAGUAUGCUCUUAGGCAUAAUCAGAUUCAGAGACAUUCACUUAAGAGCGCCGAAUACAUCAACAACAAAACAUAUACGCACUCAAGGAUAGGUCAAGGAAGUCACGAAAACGACGCCACGGACACGACGCCACGGACACGACCACGGACACGACGCCACGGACACGACGCCACGGACACGACGCCACGGAAACGACGCCACGGACACGACGCCACGGACACGACGCCACGAAAACGACGCCACGGACACGACGCCGAAACGACGCCACGGACACGACGCCACGGACACACGCCACGAAAACGACGCCACGGACACGACGACACGGACACAACGCCACGAAACGACGCCACGAAAAGACGCCACGGACACGACGCCACGGACACGACGCCAUGUACACGACGCCACGGACACGACGCCACGAAAACGACGCCACGGACACGACGCCACGGACACGACGCCACGGACACGACGCCACGGACACGACGCCACGAAAACGACGCCACGGACACGACGCCACGAAAACGACGCCACGGACACGACGCCACGGACACGACGCCAUGUACACGACGCCACGGACACGACGCCACGAAACGACGCCACGGACACGACGACACGGACACGACGCCACGAAAACGACGCCACGGACACGACGCCACGAAAACGACGCCACGGACACGACGCCACGGACACGACGCCAUGUACACGACGCCACGGACACGACGCCACGAAAACGACGCCACGGACACGACGACACGGACACGACGCCACGAAAACGACGCCACGGACACGACGCCACGAAAACGACGCCACGGACACGACGCCACGGACACGACGCAUGCACGACGCCACGGACACGACGCCACGAAAACGACGCCACGGACACGACGCCACGGACACGACGCCACGGACACGACGCCAUGUACACGACGCUACGGACACGACGCCACGCACCAGUUAAUAUCCCGCUAG